UUUAAACAUACUUUUCGUUAUUAUUUUUUUAAAACGUAUUUAAAAAAAAAAUUAUUUUUUAAUUUGUUACUUUUUAAUUUUGUAAUUAAUUUCUUUUUUGUAAUUCAGAAAAAUUGAUUUUUCAAUUGAGGGAAAUAAUUUAUAAAAUUAAAAUUAUUUACUUUAACUUCCGUUGACAUAGGACAUUGUUCACAAAUUACGUCACACUCCUAGGCGCGGGGUCAACCUGCCCAUGAUGAAUUGUGGUUAAAAAUCAAAUUUAUAAAUAUCAAAACGUGACGUAGGGAUAGGUCAAAAUUGGGUACCAAAUAGCGUGACGUAGUUUGUGAACGACCUCGAUUUUUCCUUUGGGGUUUUUUUUUACAUAUCGUCACAAAUGAGAGACGUAUUUUUUUCUCGAUAUUUAAUUUAUAUAGUGUAGGUAAAAAUUUAAAAUAUCUAUAACUGAUAUUGUUUUCGAAAAAAUCGACAAAUAUUUACGAUAGAAAAAAGUUCUCCUGGGUCAAAAUGACCCAAUUUGUCAACGGAGGGAUAAGUUACUUUUUGUAAUCUAAGAUAGUUGGAGUAAAUUAUUUUUUGCGUUUAAUUAUAUUUUCUACUACAAAAUUACUUUUUUCACUCAUUAAAUUUUGUUAUAUUAAAAAAAAAUCUUUUACAAUCCAAGGAAAUUAUUAAUUAUUUUUUUCAUUAACUACUGUACUUAGAAAAAUUAUUUUUUUUAAUUAAAUUUUUUCUUCUAAAAUUCAAAUGUUUUUUCAUCUCAAUUAUAUGAUCGUGAAACCCAAUGUUUCGGUAAAAGUUGAUGUCUGUUAUGCAAAAAACUUUUGUACCUAUUUUGCAUUCGUGCAAUGCUCGAGGAACUUGAAAAGUGAAGCAUAGAAAUUGUGUGAGUUUUGUUAAAGAUAAUUGUGUGUGAUGGUAAAAAUGAAAAUCAGCGGGAAACUCUUUUGCUCAGUUUAAGGAUGUCUGUAUAGUUCUCUGCGUGAAAGAGCGCAGCAUGUAGAUGAGAACUUUUCAGAAUCAGUUUUCAAGAGAAAAGGCUUGGAAUCUGCUGAGAAUACGAGGUCGCAUUUUGGAUGAGAAAAAAUAUUGGACUGCUUCUCAAGAAUGGUGGGAAGUGACUGGAAACUUGAAGAAGUUGUUGCAGAAUGAAAACAAAUGCAAUGGAGAAGAUUCCUGAAGGCUGAAGGAAGGUCUUCAGAGAGUGGAGAUGCAGUCAAUGAUCUCGGUCUUAGGCGUCAUCGCCGUUUUAUCAUUCAUAAUUACAACCACAGCAGAAAUGGGAAUCGGCUCCGGUGAACACGACAUCAAUCAUCCUGAACAGGGGAAUCGACACUCAUCUAUAAACAUUGCAAACAAGACGAUCAAUGAAACAUCAAGAAAAAUGUCCAACGAAAUUGGUUACGAAUCGUUGACGAUUUUUCGAGAAUUCGAGGCACUUGAAAAAGGGACGGCGUCCAGGGCCAAUUUAGCAGAACGACUACGCGACAUUGUAAAUAAUCAAAAUUCUAAUUUGACACAUGAAAUGGAAAUUGGUUCAAUUAAUGAGAAAAGUUAUCAUCAAAAUCUUGGAGGAUUCUUGAGAAAAAGUCUACGAAAGAAGUCGAAUUUCAACUCGAUGAUGAAGAAUCACUCUCUUCCGGAAUCUUCUCUAGAGAGUCCCUUAGAGAGUAGUCUGGAAUUUCCAAGUUACGAUCCAGCAAGGGUGGCAUCGGUCGUUUCGUUUGCCAGCGACGUCGAUGAAUUCCUACGGGAGGAAGGUGGUUUCAAGCCAAAUUCUUUGGUGAGAACUUACACUGAGGAUCACGUUGGAGAAGAAAACUUUGAGGAUCAAAGUCAUCGACAUUCUCAACUUACGUCCACUGGCUUUACAGUUACAGAGAAGCAUCAUGUCCCAACGGAGGUGGAUUCGUUGUUUCUUGUUGUCGAUAGAAAGUCGUCUGAUGAAAAAAUAGCAUCUUCUCAACUUCCACAAUUGUAUUAUGUUUCCGAUCCAUUGGUACAAGGGAACAAGGACCAAGGCACAAAAAAUGACGAACAAAAACUUUUUACCGAUGAAAUUGAACAUUUUGCCAAAGGUCUUGAUUCUAUUGAACAUGAAUCGACGCGGAAAAAUCAGGAAAGCAAAUCGCCGAAUGAGUUUUUAAAUGGAAAGAGCGGAUCCUUUCGUGAGAUAAAAUCUUCCAAAGUCAUAAAUAACCAUCGGCAGCCGAAUCAAUUGAUCCUUAGUGGAAAAAUCGCUCAGCCGAAAAUUUCCAGUCACUUGGGAAAAUAUACUCCGUAUUUUGAAGACGGAGACGAGCCACAAAAUGUCACUGCUAGAAUUGGAAAUACCGUUGUUCUUGAUUGCAAAAUAGGAAUGCUGAGCAAUAAAACGGUCACAUGGUCAUAUCACAGCACCGACGUCAUUCGAUUGCUGACUGUUGGGCGUAUGGUUUAUAGUGUAGAUCAAAGAAUCAGUCUUUCCUUUCGAUAUCCAACGAAUUGGAGACUGAAGAUAAAAUAUGCCUUACCACGUGAUUCAGGGUUAUAUGAGUGUCAAGUGGCCACCUAUCCUCAAAAUUUAGUAAAAAAAGUCAAUCUACUUAUCACUGCGCCAAUUCUAGCCAUAAUGGACGACUCCGGAAGAAUAAAGUCCGGAGAAAGACACCUGAAAGCAGGAAGCGCGUUAAGACUGAGAUGUGAGGCAAGAGAUGUUCUUGAGCAACAUAAUGAGACUGUCAUAUGGACCAGAGGAGAUGAAAUUCUUACAGAGGACGUCAGCGAAAAUAGAACAACAGAAAUAUUGAAUGAGAGAGAGAUACAAGUGAUUAUUAGUACAAUAGUUGUGGAAAGGGCUACAUCCAAACACGCUGGUAAUUACAGUUGUGUGGUACCUGAAAAAGCUAAAUCGACGGUUGCAGUUCACGUUUUAAACGGAGAAUUGCCAGCGGCAGUUCACGAUGGAAGCGGAGUUUCACGAUCCGUUCUCAAUCUCUGGCUGAUUCACUUGACCGUCAGCUACGUUUUCACCAGAUGACAAUUCUAAGAAAUGCGAGGAGGUAUGUGAUCGGGUAAUUUUCAUGUAACACGUGCGAGAAUACAUGCCACAUUCGAUUACUUAUACCCGAACUUGAACGUAGUUGAACAUCGAUUAUACUUAUCCCGUAAAUCAUUUUCAAGACCCAUCGUGAGUACAUCAUACAAGACGUUAAAUUAGAAUUAUAAGCCCUGAAGGAAGAAAACGAUAAAAAAAAUGGGUAUACUUUUAUCAUCUCUGAUCAUCAUACUGUUUAAAACGACGAAAUUAUUUAUUAAUAAUAGUAUAAUUACCUGAGCUCACUUCAAAAUACAUUACAACAAUGAUGCGUUGACAUCAAAUGACUGAAAAAUCGACCAUUGAAUAUCCGAAUUGGCUGAAUAAAUUGUUAAUUAAUAUGAAGAUUUGAGCGUCGCGUCGAGGAGAAAAGGAUGAGCAUCUUUCGAAUACUUCCGAAUAUUGGAAAGAAAACCUAUAGUAAAUUAUAAUACAUAUAAUGAAGUUGUGAAAAUUUUUAUUAUAAAUAUAGAAUCUUAUAUAAAACUAUGUUUACAUUAUAUGAAUUCAUUGAAGUUACAAGUUUAUAAUUCAAAGUAAUUGUUAUAGUUGAUAUAAAUAAUUUGAAAAAAUUUAUUUUUAAUUAAUUUAAUAAAUUGACAUAAAGGAUAUAAAUUAAUAUAACUAAUAAUAUAAUUAAAAAUUUAUCUUAUUAUUUGUUAAAGUUUAUUACAGGUUUUCUUGAUAGGUAAAUAUUUUUAAAAAUGCAAGACGUUGUGAUGUGUAAAAACGUAUCAUAAAGGCGAAUAUAUUAAUUAAAAAAUAACAUUUUAUCUAAUACUUGCAUACAGACUAUUAAUCGAUUACGAUAAAUAUAUAUUUUUUUAUGUGUACAUAAAUACAACGUUCCUUCUUGUUAUCUUAUUAAUAUAAUAUAUAAUGUAUAAUUACAUAACGUAAUAUAUAUAGUAUGUAAGUUUUUGAGGCGAAUGAAAUCAUAUUCACAGCACCCGAAUAUUCGUGAUAUCCUUGAGAUAUAUCAUCAGGAUAUCCAUACAUAUCCAGGUGUUGUGAGAGCAUUAAAAAUUUAUGUAACAAGAAAUCUCGUAGGCAUUAUUAAUUAUUGUAUCAUCUAGUUAGUAAAAUCUAAUUAAUAA